AUGGAGGAGCAGCAGGCACUGGUGGCCUCCAAGGACGGGGAUGUGGCCACCUUGGAGCGGCUGUUUGAGGCGGGUGCCCUGAAGCCGGGCAUCACUGAUGACUUGGGGGCUGGCCUGGUGCAUCAUGCCACCCGGGCUGGUCAUCUGGACUGUGUCAAGUUCCUGGUACAGAGGGCCAAGCUGCCCGGCAACCAGCAGGCACACAAUGGGGCCACGCCAGUGCAUGAUGCAGCGGCCACUGGCAACCUGGCAGAGCUGUGCUGGCUGGUCCGUGACGGGGGCUGCGGGCUGCAGGACCAAGAUGCCUCAGGUGUCUCCCCGUUGCACCUGGCAGCCCGGUUUGGACACCCAGCACUGGUGGAGUGGUUGCUACAUGAGGGUCAUGCAGCCACACUGGAGACGCUGGAGGGGGCCUUGCCGCUGCACCAUGCUGCUGUCAGUGGUGACCUGACCUGUCUGAAACUCCUGACAGCUGCCCACAGCAGUGGUGUGAACCAACGGACACGCAGCGGUGCCUCUCCACUCUACCUGGCCUGCCAAGAGGGCCACCUGCAUCUGGCACAGUUCCUGGUCAAAGACUGUGGGGCCGACGUGCGCCUACGAGCCCUGGAUGGCAUGAGCUCGCUGCAUGCUGCCGCUGCCCGUGGCCACUACUCCCUGGUUGUCUGGCUGGUCACAUUCACAGACAUCGGCCUGACAGCACGGGAUAACGAAGGAGCCACUGCCCUGCACUUUGCAGCUCGGGGUGGCCACACACCUAUUCUUGACCGGCUCCUGCUCAUGGGUGCCCCUAUCAUGAGAGACUCCUGGGGAGGGACUCCUCUGCACGAUGCAGCUGAAAAUGGACACAUGGAGUGCUGCCAGACUCUGCUUUCCCACCACGUAGAUCCAUUCCUGCGGGAUGAAGAUGGGUAUACUGCGUUGGAUCUGGCAGAGUAUCACGGACACCAGGAUUGUGCCCAGUACCUGCGGGAAAUGUCUCGGCCGGUGCCAGUCCUGAUGACACCCCCGCCCCCGCCAUUUCCACCUCCUCCACUGUUGGCUGCGAAGCUCUCCCUGGAAGACGAAAGAAGAGGAGACUCGGGACCCAGGAGUCCCUCACCUGCUGUAACUCUCAGCCCAGUCUGGCCUGGACAGCCUGUGCCAACGGAGCCAAUGGCCUGUACAGCCCCUCUGAGACUCACCACCAGUACCCCAGCUGUCCCCUUAGGAACCAUCACCUGCCUGUCUCUACAGGGGCCCGAGAUGGAAGCCGGGCAAUCCCACGAUGGCCUGGCCACUCUGCAACUGGACGGGUUGCCUUCAGGAGACCUUGACAUGCUGGUGCCCACAGAGGACGAGCGUGGCCGGCCCAUCCCCGAGUGGAAGCGGCAGGUGAUGGUGCGGCAGCUGCAGGCGCGCCUGGGUGCAGACCAUCCUCCCGAAGAUCAGGUUCGGAGUGGGAGCUCGGGCCCCACAGCCACAGAACAGGCGACUUGGCGGUAUUCGCAGACACACCAGGCCAUCCUGGGCCCCUUCGGGGAGCUGCUGACAGAGGAUGAUCUGGUCUACCUGGAGAAGCAGAUCAGCGACCUCCAGCUCCGGCGCCGAUGCCAAGAGUACGAGAGCGAGCUGGGCCGGCUGGCAGCCCAGCUGCAGGCCCUCCUGCCUGAGCCCCUGGUCAGCAUUACGGUCAACAGUCACUUUCUGCCCCGGGCUCAGGGCCUGGAAGAUGAGGAAACCCCUAUCCCAGCUCCCGAGCUGGAGGCCUUAGCAGAAUCCGGAAAGACCGAGGCCAGCGGGCAGCCGCUGCCCUUCUGGUGCAGCCACAUUGGCCGCCUGGUGCGCAGCAUGUCCCUGCUGCUGAAGGGCAUGAAUGGAUUGGCGCAGGGCGAAGAGAAACCUCCCUCCCCAGUCCCGCAGGACCCAGGCAAGGAGACCAUGGCUGGUCCUCCUCGGAGUGAGGCCCAGCGCGAGAUCCAAGAGUGUGGGGUGUCGGUGCGGACGCUGCGGGGGAACUUCGAGUCCUCUCGGGAUCUGCCCUGUGAACUGGGAGCUCGUCCCGGCCAGUGUCUGAGAGGCUGCUGGUCGGCGCCACCACAGCCCCGAGGUGACCCGAUAGGUGGGGAGCCCAGGCCAGGCGACACAGAAGAGGCCAGCGACUCGGGCAUCAGCUGCGAGGAGGCCCCGUCAGAAGCUGGCGCGGGGCUAGGAAUAGACCUGGCCAGCCUGCGCAAGGAGCGCAUUGUCAUGCUGUUUCUGGGCCACUGGAAGAAGUCAGCCUACACACCCGCCCUCAGGACGGCCGCCUGCAGGACCCUGGAGGCCCAGCGUGCGCGGUCCAAGGGCCCUAAAACGGCCAGUAGUUCCCCGCCGCCUUCCCCGCAGCCCAGCGAUGGCCCUCGACUCAGCCAUCUGUGGCAGCAGCGUGGCAUCAUCACUCAUCUACUGGGCACCUGGAAAGCCAUCAUGGAGCACGUGCCGGCCCGGCAGCUGAGGAAGCUGAGCCGCAGGGCGCGCGGACCCCUGUCCCCAGAGCAGUUCUUGCCACAUGUGGAUGGGGCACCCGUGCCCUACAACAGCCUCUCGCUGGAUCUUUUCAUGCUCGGCUACUUCCAGCUCCUGGAAUGCGACCUGCCUGCUGAGGAACGCAAGAUGCGCCACUUGCUGUGCUUCGAGGUCUUUGAGCACCUAGGCGCACACGGCUGGGAAGCUGUGCGUGCUUUCCAUAAGGCUGUGACCGAUGAGGUGGCAGCAGGCCGCCGUGCCUGGACCGACGGGUUCGAGGACAUCAAAGCCCGCUUCUUCGGCUCCAGCCAGGGUCCCCCCUGGGACGUGGAGCCUGGCCGCAAGUUGGGCCUGACACCACUCGGGUCCUUGCCCCACGCUGCCCUCCCUGGCCCCGAACCUGCGGCCCCAAGGCUGGGGUCAGACUCCCAGCGGAGCAGCUUCAACAGCGGGGACAUCUGUGGCUACAUUGAUCGCAGCUUCGCCUUUUGGAAGGAGAAAGAAGCCGAGAUGUUUAACUUUGGGGAAUGACGGUUCAUCUGGU